GUUAUCGCUAUGCUCAUUGCGUGAGCUUGACCCCGCUCCGUGGGAGCACUGUGCAUACAUUUGGGGAUAGCGAUAAGACGUCAAUACAAUUGCAAGUUGACGUUCUUGCAUGGGCUUUUUCCUCACAAAUAUACUUCUGCUUGUCACAAUCUGCUUGUGCUGCCCUUAGUCUUUGAUCAGAACUGUGUGGCAGAGUAGUCACCAUGGCGGCUAUCGAAGAGGAAAAGCCAAAAAGAUCGUUCCGUUCUUUCAUAUGGGACGCGGAUACCCAUCUCAAGUCACCCGAGGAGCGAAAGCUGCUUCGGAAACUUGACAUAUCAAUCCUAACAAUUGGUUGCGUUGGAUUCUUCCUCAAAUACCUCGAUCAAGGAAAUCUGGCCAAUGCCUAUGUUAGCGGCAUGAAGGAAGACCUUUCUAUGAACGGGAACGAGUAUACUUACGCCGGCACUGCGUACACCUGUGCAUAUGCUGUUAUGCAAAUCCCCAGUACCCUUGUUAUCCAACGCAUCCGACCAAGCUACUGGCUGGGUUUGAUGGAAGUACUCUGGGGUGUUUUUACAUUUGCGCAGGCGGGGUUAAGAAACUCGAACCAGCUUUACGUCUUCAGAUUCUUCGUGGGCUUCUUCGAGAGCUCGUUCUUCCCCUGCAUGCUCUUUCUCCUGGGAAGCUGGUAUACCAAAACGGAACUGGCCAAGAGAGUCGCGCUCUUCCAUAUGACUGCGCCCUUGGGCACGGCGUUCAGUGGAUACCUCCAAGCGGCCGUGUACGGGAACCUGGAUGGGGUGCACGGACUAGCUGGUUGGAGAUGGCUUUACAUCGUUUGCGGCUGCAUGACUCUCCCUGUUGGCCUCUGUACCGUCUUGAUCCUGCCCGACACACCACACAAGACCCGAGCAUGGUUCUUGACGAAAGAAGAUAAGCUUCUUGCGCUUGAAAGAGUCCAGAAGGCGGGAAAGGCGGCGCCCGUACCAUUAACCUUCUCGAAGAUCAAGAGAAUCUUGGGUAGAUGGAGAUGGUACUUAUUCACACUGGGAUAUGUGCUAUAUGGCACAAGUUGCCAAGCGAGUGGCUACUUUGCUAUCUGGCUUAAGUCUGAGAACUUUUCUGUGGAGCUUCGUAAUAUCAUUCCAACUGGGACGAGUUUAAUAUCAGGAUUUUGCGUCGUUAUGUGGGGUUUCGGCUCAGACUACACAGGAUCUCGCCUGUGGUUUAUCCUCGGGCCCCUGACAUACGGGCUCAUACCGAAUGGGAUCUUAGCCGUCUGGCCACCAAGCGUGCCCCUGAAGGAGUUUGCUUUCUUGACAACUGGGGUUCAGCUCAUGACGGCAGUGUUCUAUACUUGGGCCAACGAAAUAUGCGCAAAUGACAACGAAGAGCGGGCCCUGGUUAUAAGCAGCAUGAACGGGUUUCAAUAUGCAGUGGCAGCCUGGCUUCCCAUUCUCAUAUUUCCGCAGGUGGAAGCCCCUGAUUUCCGAAGGGGGUUUCCAUCCACAUUCGGCUUCGUCCUUGCUGCUCUGAUUUGUAUUUGCGUCACCCAGUGGUGCGCUGUUCGAGAGCGGAAAGCCCAGUUGCGGGCGCAGCCAAUUGUUUCUGAGCAGACUAAAGGCGAGGAAAGUAAAAGUGUGGAAAGUGGCGAGACGGUUGUGCGUCAUGCAAAGUGAUCCGCCGGGGCUCAGUUCGCUAUCGACUGCAGGCUUUUAUGAAGGCUUCAAUAAGGCUAUAGCUUGGUAAC